AUGGUCUCGAAGCUGAGUCAUCUUCAAGUGGAGCUGCUGGGAGCGCUGCUGGAGUCGGGGCUAACCAAGGAGACCCUGAUUAAGGCACUGAGUGAAGUGGAACCCUACAUGCUCCAGAGUGAAAGUCAGCGCGCCAUCAAUGCCCUCCAGACAGAGAAAGGGGAAUCUUGUCCCGAAAUCCCUAAUCUCCCCAAUGGAAUGGGGGAAUCCAGGUUAUCGGAAGAUGAAACCUCUGAUGACGGGGAGGAAUUUACCCCUCCGAUAAUGAAGGAGCUGGAAAACUUGAGCCCUGAGGAGGCUGCUCACCAGAAGGCUGUGGUGGAAAGACUAUUACAAGAGGAUCCCUGGCGGGUAGCGAAGAUGGUGAAAUCCUACCUCCAGCAGCACAACAUCCCUCAGCGCGAGGUGGUGGACACUACUGGUCUGAACCAAUCUCACCUCUCACAGCACCUCAACAAGGGCACUCCCAUGAAGACCCAAAAAAGGGCAGCCCUCUACACCUGGUACGUCCGCAAGCAGCGAGAGGUGGCCCAGCAAUUCACACAUGCUGGCCAGGGUAUCUUGACAGAGGAGCCCAUGGGAGACGAUCUGCCCACCAAGAAGGGACGAAGAAACCGCUUUAAGUGGGGCCCUGCCUCACAACAGAUCCUGUUCCAAGCCUACGAGAGACAGAAAAACCCCAGCAAAGAAGAGAGAGAGGCACUGGUGGAAGAGUGCAACAGAGCAGAGUGUAUUCAGAGAGGAGUUUCCCCAUCCCAGGCCCAGGGCCUGGGCUCAAACCUGGUGACUGAGGUGCGAGUUUACAACUGGUUUGCCAAUCGCAGGAAGGAGGAGGCUUUCCGGCACAAGCUGGCCAUGGACACCUUCAGCGGGCCACAGCCCACCUCUGCUCCCCCUCUAACUCCUCACAACUCAUCCUCCCUCCAGCCACCAUCCGCUCUCUCACCCAGCAAAGUUCAUGGAGUGAGAUACAACCAACAGCCAGCCAGCGAGGCUGAGUCCUCCAGCAGCAACCACCACGGGAACAACUCCAUGGUGACCACCCAAACCAUCCUGCACCAGGUUUCUCCCCCUGGGCUGGAGCCCAGCCAGAACUUACUGAGCACAGACACUAAGCUGAUCUCGGCUUCUGGAGGAACUCUCCCCCCUGUCAGCACCCUGACCGCCUUGCAUAGCCUGGAGCAAAACCCACACGCACUGAGCCAGCAAACUCAGAACCUGAUCAUGGCAUCACUGCCCGGUGUUAUGGCAAUCGGAGCUGGCGAGACCUCAUCCCUAGCACCAGCGUUCACCAACACAGGUGCCUCCACCCUCGUGAUAGGCCUUACUUCAACCCAGCCCCAGAGCGUUCCCGUGAUAAACAGCAUGGGGAGCAGCCUCACCACCCUGCAGCCUGUCCAGUUCUCCCAGCAGCUGCACCCGUCCUACCAGCAACCCCUCAUGCAGCAGGUCCAGAGCCACAUAAACCAGAGCCCCUUCAUGGCUACCAUGGCCCAGAUACAGAACCCUCACGCUCUCUACGGCCCCAAGUCCGAGGUGACCCAGUACACACAUACAGGCCUCUUACCACAAACCAUGGUGAUAACAGACACCGCCAACCUCAGCGCCCUGACUAACCUGACACCAACUAAACAGGUAACGCCUCUAGCGUUCACAUCUGACUCAGAAACCCACACAGAGUCUGGGAUGCACACACCGGUAUCACAGGCACCGACGAUACAUUUACAGAACCAAGACACAACCAUCCAGCACCUUCAACCCGGCCCUCGCCUCACCUCAAGCCCUGCUGUGUCCUCCAGCAGCCUGGUGCUGUACCAGAGCUCUGACUCCACCAACAGCCACAGUCAGCUGCUGCCAGCCUCUCACAACGUCAUCGAGACCUUCAUCUCCACGCAGAUGGCCUCCUCCACUCAGUAA